CCUCUGGCGGAUUCGUAGGAAUAAUUGACCGAGAAUAGUUUUCUUUCAGCCAAAACUCGGCGUGUUUAAUUUCUAUUGACAUGCAUACUUCGGGGCUCCGUACGUUGGACAAUGAAAAGUACGCAAAAAAAAAAAAAAAAGCGGGUCUCGUACGUGGGCGUCAUGCCUCAUGACGUAGAGGAUGUGAGUGGCUGGAGUAGCCGUCCGAUUGCUUUGGAAAAGUGGUGCUUUGAAGAAAAUCCACUAUGCCCCACGACGCAAUGUAAUCGACUGAAAGGUGGCAGAUAUUUUUGGACAAUAAUCCGUUCGAUCUCGCUUCUGCUUCGAGUCGUUUGGGUGCACUUUGAAAUGUCGAGGCCUGCUUUGUUAGCCUAGCCUAGUUUAGCAGCUAACAAAGGGAAACAACGCGCCUGAGAUAAACACGUCGCCCAGCAAGCAAACAUCAAGUUCCAAAAUGUCAGAUGUCAGUCAAGCGCAUCGUCCUGAACGCCAGGAGUCUUCUCGCAUGGAGGAAGAGUCGCCAUACAUCAAGAUGGUGGAAGAAGAAUUCGUCCACAUUAAAGAGGAGCAGGAGGAGUAUUUCAUUAGAGUGGUGAACCGCCACAUUGAGGAGCAGCAGCAACCAUAUGGUAAAGUGGAGGUGGUGGACAUCCCCAAGUGGAUUGAUGAGCCCUUGAAGGGUGAAGAUGGCGGUGUGAGUGGGGCCAGCAGUGGGACGGAGCCUCAGAAUGGCAGCAACAGCAGUUCAAAAGAAGGAUCCCAAGCAGACAGCCUCAUUGCUCGACCAUCAGAGAGUUACGAUUUCACAUCACACUCCCUGCUCUGUUUCAGCAAAUAUCUUGGUCCUGACGCUCAACAGCUAAAGAGAGAAGAACAACUUCCAAUCAAAAAGGAGGAGGUGGAGCUGUCAUACAUUAAACAGGAGGGCGAUAUCACCAUGUCGACUGGUGAGCCCUUGAUUAGCGAGGAUGGUCCAAGUGAGGCCAGCAGAGGGAAGGAGCCUCCAAGCAGCAGCUCAACAGAAGGACCGCAAGCACACAUUUUCAUCGCACCAUCAGAUGGAAAUGGCGCCACGUCACACUCAUCUUACAAAGAUGAUGGUCAGAAGAAAUCUCACCGUGGGAAAACCUUUGCCAAUAACUGUACUUGUCGUAUGCAUAUGAGGAACCACAUUGGUGAAAAUCCUCUUGUCUGCUCAGAUUGUGGUCAAGAAUUCAGUUAUAAGAGUGCCUUGAAAGUACACAAAAGAACCCACACUGGCAAAAAAACUUUUUCCUGCUCAGUUUGUGGUCGAGGUUUUCCUAAAAAGCAUAACUUACAAAUACACGUAAGAACGCACACCGGAGAAAAACCUUUUUCCUGCUCAGUUUGUGGACACAGUUUCACUCAAAAGAAAAACUUACAAACACACACAAGAACCCACACUGGUGAAAAACCUUUUUCCUGCUCAGUUUGUGGUCAAGGAUUCAAUCAUAAAAGUGGCUUAAAAGUACACACAACAACACACACUGGUGAAAAACCUUAUUCCUGCUCAGUUUGUGGUCAAAGAUUCAGUGACAAGCUCACCUUGAAACGACACACAAGAACCCACACUGGUGAAAAACCUUUUUCCUGCUCAGUUUGUGGUCAAGGAUUUGCUCAGAAGCAAAACUUACAAAGUCACGAAAGAACCCACACUGGUGAAAAACCUUUUUCCUGCUCAGUUUGUGGUCAAGGAUUCAGUCAUAAGAGUGCCUUAAAAGUACACACAAGAACCCACACUGGCGAAAAACCUUUUUCCUGCUCAGUUUGUGGAAAAAGAUUCACUAACAAGAGUGCCUUAAACACACACACAAGAACCCACACUGGUGAAAAACCUUAGGCGGAAGUAGUCACCAAAACAUGUCAGAUAAAUAAAACGACCUACAACACAUUGUCUGGGAUAAAAGAAAAAUUGAAGUAUUAUAUGGACAUGUAUGUAGUAAUUUCACCUGUUUUUGCUUAGUACAUUUCCACACAUGUUCAUUCAUAGUUCUUUUACCUUCAGUGGGAAAUGACACUUAACGAGUCUAAAUAAAUGAUGGACAUUAUAUGAAAUAACUGUUUCCUUUCUCUUAAAGUGCCUGUGAAAAAAUCUUAAAUAGCGUUACUAUUGCACUUUAAAUUUUGAGACGAUUGGACUAUAUACAUUGAUUUGACAAAGCGCAGACGAUGAGAAAUGAGUCUUAAUCUGCCGUCUGUCAUUAUGUUGUUCUGGCGUCUCCAUCAGGGUGGUGACGUCAGGGUGGUUUUCGAACUCAGCUCAAUGGAGGAGGAAGCGUUUUUUAGCGAUUCUUGUUCAUGUGUGGAUCUUUCAAGUGAUAUUGUCCAUCCAGAGGAAGCCUGUGGCAUACAACAAUAUAUGCUUGUCAUAUUUUAAUAAUCUUCGAGAGCACUCUGGUAUUGCAUCAAACACAAUAGAAUACUCACGAGGUGUAACAACAAUACUAUGAGCAAAAUUCUUUACAUGUAAAAAGUUGACCUUCAUCGUUCAAUAAUUGACUAAGAAAAUAUUGUUUUUGACCUAUCUUUCAAUACAUAAAGAUUUUUUUUUUUUUU